AUUUAAAACAUAGGUAAAAUAGACCCAAACAAAGCUAAUAUUGUGCCUCAAUUCCACAACUUUUGGCGGGAAAGACAGAGGUGCAGACGGGAUGAGCUCGCCGGCGGCGGUGGACACGGAAGCGGAGGGUCCGGACUUGGUGUGCGAACUGGACAGCGUCCAAGGCAUCGUCGACGCUCUCACCUCCGUGCGAUGGAAACGCCACCAAGACGCCGUGGUAGAGUUAUCGGAACACGGCAUAGUGAUAAUCGUUGAGGAAACCGCUUGUCUUCAGGCCAAGGUUUAUUUACAACGAGAGUUAUUCGUCAAAUACGAAUAUGGGGCGCACGGGCGGCCGCGGUUUGGGGUGAGCUUAGGACUGUUUGUUGAUUGUCUGAAUACGUUUUCGGUUCCUGGGCGCUCCAACAUUCUCGAGCUCCGGUAUCCAGGGCCUGAUAUGCAACUUCUGCUCAGAUCUGUUGAUUGUCCGGACUCCUGCAUUUACGCAGAUAUUAGGACAAGGAUUCCCGAGACCAUCUCAUGGGACUACAACUUUGAACCUGCUGGAAGCACCCCUAUCAGUUUUACGGUUAAAUCUGCAGCUCUGAAGGAAGCUAUUGAUGAUCUUGAAUGGCCUGGUUCGAGCAUUCAGAUAAAGUUACAGCCGGCACCCCCAUCAGUCAUCUUCAGAGGUGAAGGCCAUGGGGACUUGCAGAUUGAUUUCAAUUGCUAUGCAAAUACGGAUCUCCUGAUUGCGUUCUGUUGUGAUCAGCCAAUUUCUCACAGGUACAAGUACAAAUUCCUUCGAGCAACAACUUCAAACAUCCCAAGCAGUGUCAUAAGAGACAAUCGAGGGAGCAAGUUGACAAUUGGCAGGGGUGGCAUGCUGAAAGUUCAGCAUCUUGUUUCGGUUGCCAAACCGUCUACUCCACAUCCUCACAUCGAUUCAGCCGGCUAUCAGCAACCCAGCCGGAUUGCUUACAUAGAGUUCUUUGUGAAGCCAGAGGUAGAAGAAGAUAUUGUAAAUGAUUAUUAGGAGUUGGGAUCACCUGUUACAUCUUGCAUGUCCAUUGGGUGUUAUUCAUCCAACACAAAGUAAUCUUAUAUGGAUGUACUGCUGUUUGCUACCCGAAAACUUGUAUGGUCCCGACUCUUGAGUACUAAAUAUUACCUACCAUACCUACCCCAUCCCCUUCUGACCUCAAACUUUAAAAGAUAGGGAAGGGGAAACAAGAAGAGACGGAGAUUCUGCUCAAUUAGGUGCCUCUGUAAAAAGAUUUCAGGGAUACAAUUGAAUCGGGGGUUUUGAAC